AAGGCUUUCACCAAGGUGGCAUCAUAUUCCUGAUCCGCGAACCGACCGCGUUUCCACGCGCCUAAGCUUCGUCCACGCCAUCGGUGCCAGUGCUCGAUAGAACUUUUUGGCGAACGCCACGCCCGGGUGUCACCCAGAAACGUUCGCGUUUCGCGGCUUCGUCGGGCUUACCACGACACGCGACCUUGGGCCAGAGGCCUCGAGGACAUCGUCGGUACCGGUGCUCGUGCGACGUCAAGAUCUACGACGAGCUCGCCGUGCAAGAAUCGCGUCGUCGUUGAGCGGGGGACACUCGUUCGCUCGAAUCUCGUCGCAACGGCAUGCGGCUGUCUCGAUCAAUCGGGUGAAGGGAGGAUGAAGAAUGCCCCGCGUCGGUGGAGACGGGGGUGGCGGGCCGGAAAAGGCAGGAGGGAGUGGAUUCGGAGGAUGGCUAGGGGGUGCUGCGAGAGCCAUGACUGGGGCAACUGUCGGUGGUGGAUACGUCGUGCUGGGUGGCACCAGAUACGGUCUGCGACUUUCUCAGGAGAGCCUGCCGCCGUCAAACACGAGAGAAGAGUCCCAAGACAGAAGACGGAAGAGAAACUCCCGGGAAAACGACUCGAGGGAAAGACUGACGGAGAAAUCCUUGGAAAAUCCUGUCCUGGAGCUAAGCUCGAGCAUCGCCGAUUGUUGUUGCAUCGGGCCGCGUUCCCGUCUGCCGUUGCCGCGUUUUCCGCCGUCGACAGCGACGGCAGCGUCGACGACGAGUACGACGACGUGCGGAACAGGCGGAGGAGGAGGUGUAGGUGGAGCUGGAGGUGGCGGUGGCGGAGUAGGUGGACAGACUCCUUUUCCUGGGCCUCCCACGUAUUCGAACAGCCGUGCUGCCGGCAUGGAACAGCCGGCGACGCUGACGACGCCAACGACGUCGGCGCAACCGUUGGUGAACUCUAAUAAUAACCGAGGGAUGCUGCAAACAUCGGUGGGGAACAGCACUGGCCAGCACCAUCAACCACAAUCGUCCGCAACUCUAACGGCGGCGGUACCGUCGUCCUCGUCGCCAUCCUCCUCGACGUCGUUCAACACGUCCACCGUCGUCCCGACGCUGCAGUCUGUCUCGGUGCCGCGACAACUCGCACAGUGGACCAAGCAUCAGACGCUGAAGCUGCAGGAGCCAGCAGUGAUAGCGGUGGACCGAUUGCACAGGUUCCGGUGGAGCGGGGGCGGAGGAGGAAGUGGCAAGAAGUCCUCUUCCGGCCCCCGGAGCGACAAGGCCGAGCGCCUUCGAGAGCUCACCGAAAAACUCAAGGGACCAGCACCGGUACCACCACCCAGAAGACCUUCUCGUGUUCAAGCAUCCUCUCCACCUCCCACUGGAUACCAGCAAUCACCACAAAGCUAUCCACAGGCAACCAAUCCAGGAUGCGGUCGCUGCGACGGUCGGCCUACCUGUCGAAGCUUUUCGCACAGCGAUGGCCACAGCCCGAGCAACCAGCAUCCCCAGCAACAUCACCUGAAGACGAUAGGUCGGAGUGAGAGUGUGGGUGAUGAGUGUUACAGUGAGUCGAGGAAGCCCUUCUCCGAUUCGCGGAGAUUCUCGCGAUCGGGCAGGCAACACGACAGGAGCAGUGGUGACGUAAGUGACAUAAAAAACGAACUGAACGCCAGUGCGGACGGGCCUAAACACCUGAGACAGUACAGUGAUUCGGUGGUGGAUAGUGCUACAUGUGUGGACGACUUGUGCGAUAAUCUGAACGCUGCCACGGGCGGCGUCAACGAGGGAGAGGCGAGGGACGCGGUCACCAGGUUGGAACCCAGAGGGCCUCUUCUUACCUUUCACAGGGCUGGUGCGCCGUACAGGAGCGCCUCCUUUGGCCAGGUGGACUUUAAUCAAGCCAAUAGACAAAAGGUUCAACCGUUAGCGACAUCGAAUCGUACAGAGAGCAAGGAUGUUCGCGCCAGCACGUUGCCACGAAGACGAGGGGAUGUCAGUCCAGUUGUCUCGACGCCGCAGAACAGCCCCAGUCGUCAGAGCCCGCGAACAUCGACGCCCAGCGUCGACAGCGCCGUCGGUUCCGCUGAAGGCCUGGGCGUACCGCAGACCGGAAACCUCGAAGAGAUCCGACCGAGAAGCGAUGGUUCUGAUAGUCUGGCGACGUCCAGUGCCCUCACCAGCCCAGAACCACCGGUUCCCGAGAUCAACGAGCCCAGAGUGGAUCUGGUGCAGCCUGACGCACUUCCCAUCGAGAUCCUCGCGUCCGAACCCGUCUAUCCUCUCGUUGACAACGCGGCAAUCGAAGAAACCGUACAGAAAGAAAAUAGGAUAGAGCCUCACGAGGUGAUAAUCACACCCCCACCGGAAGAGCCACGGCUGAGCCAGGCGAGCGAGGGUAGCGAGGCGACUAGUGAGGCGCCCUCGGAAACGUCCUCGCCAUCGGGUAAAACGAGAAGGUAUCGAGGGGACACCAGCAAAAGAAGAAAGGGUGUGUACAUAACCCAAUGGCCGGAGCCCUUGGAGACCGACAGGAACAAGCUGUCAGCACAGAGCAGCGAGGAAAGAGACGAGCCACCUGCGACGCCCAGCGACCUCUCCGACUGCGAAGGCCACACGCCUAGAAGGUAUAGUAAAAGGCCUCUGCGCGGUCCUUACGGGCAAAUGCUCGAGGCUGAAAUGGCGAAGCCGAGAACCACCGACAUAGCUCUCGAGGAAGGUCUACGUCCGCGCAGAAAAGUUUCCGCGAAUCUCUCGUACAACACAAGCUCAAAUAACAGCGGUUCAGAGCCGCCCACGCCCUGCCACCAUAGAACCACUUCCAGCCCGAGCAAACUCGAAGGUCUUCCGGGACCAAGUCCUGAACUGCUCGCGGAACUACUUCGAGGAUCUUCGGAGAGGGUGGCACGUGCACCGGUGCAUCGGAACGACACCAGAACCCACGUUGUUGUGGAACUUUAUGACACGGAGCGAUCUUAUGUGGAAGCGCUGCAAAUACUAGUCAAUAAAUACUUACAACCGUUGAAGAGUUCCGAAAAUGCUGGUUUGGUGGAUGCCGCGACAGUGGACGAGAUCUUCUAUCAGAUUCCUUCUAUUCUCAAUCAUCACGAAGUAUUUCUGGAAGAGUUGCGUAAAAGGUUGGAUACUUGGGAACUUAAACAGACGAUCGGCGAUGUCUUCCUGGAUGUGUUCACGAAGCCAGUCGUCCUGGAGACGUACACACUUUUCCUUGAUAAUUGGAAGUCCGCGAGAAAGGCGAUAAAAACGACUUGUCAAGCGAAACCGGCUUUCGCGCGAUUCCUCGAGACCAUGGAACGGGAGCACAAAGGGAAGCUCGGGCUGGAUCAGUUACUGAUUAAACCAGUGCAGAAGAUACCACGUUACGAGCUGCUAAUCCAGAGACUGUUGAAGCACACCGACACCUCGCAUCCGGACUACGAGCUGCUCCAGGCCGCCCAGAAGGAAGUGCACGAGUUGGUCGUGAAGAUCAAUUGCACGGAAAGGGAGUCCCUUGAGUGGGAGCAGCAGCAAACUACGUUGAGAGAAGUUCAGGCGCUCGUCGAAGGACUUGCUGGGAUCGUCACGAACGACAGAGCUUUCGUUCGCCACGAUCUGGUCACGAUAGUCUCGAAUCAAGGAACAAAAAAGGAGCGCGCGCUAUUUUUGUUCUCCGAUCUGCUUGUUAUCACCAGUAUCAAGAGGAGGAGUGGACCCAUAAGAAAACCGUCGACGAGUUCCUGCCCGAACAGUUUGGUCGGCCUACUGGAAGCAAAUAAGUACAAAAUGUUAAUGAGAAUACCGCUGGACGACCUAGAGGUUAUGAAAGCCAAAGAUGAAAACUUAAGGCGAAUGGCUCGCGAGGUAGACCACCUUCGUGAAGACUGCGCAACGUUGACACAACUUCAGGAACUCGCAUCAACGUUGCACGGCGCGAAGCAACAGUUGGAGGAUCUCAUCAAAGACAUGCUAGGACAGGCGCAACGUCAAUUAGCCGAGAGGAACGCGGCGCACUCGCAAUUAGCCUGUCUGGAAUUAACGCUUAAUACUCAGGCUGGGAUCGAGAAUAUCUUCGUAAUGUUCACGAAACCAGACAAAAGGGCUAGCUGGGAGGAGAGUUUCAACGAGGCCAAACAAAAGUUAGCGUUGUCCGCUGAUAGGAGGCCCUGCCCAGAGUUUGUGGGACCUCUGCCGAUUCGCAAGACUCGGGCUGGCUUGCAGUUUACCUGCGCCGCCCCAACCUUGGCGAACGGACAGGGUUCUAGAGACGUUUGGGUGUGCAACAGCGAUGGUUACGUUGGCCAGGUCUGUAUGUUGAGUCUGACGCCUGGACCGCCGCAGGUUACAUCCUGCAACGGAGUUUGCAACGCAAGGAUUCUGUGUGUUGCGGCAAUCCCGGCAUGCACGCUGAGAUCAAAUUCGUGCGUGACUAACAACAUUUCAUUCGCGAACAGUAAGAGCGGCAUAAGCAUCUCGGUCCAGGAUGUCGAUGCCAGUGGCGGGAACAUACAGUUAGAUAGUAGCUCGAGCUCCGACGACUCGGACUCGGACGACAUUCCAUGUGCAGAUACGGGUAGCCUAACCUUGAGUGGCGAUGUUCCGAGUAUCGAUAAUUCUACAACCGAAGAGGACAUCAAUCAACCGACCAUGUGGCUCGGGACUGAAGAUGGAUGCGUGCACGUUUACAACUGCAACGAUAAUAUCAGGACAAAAAAGAACAAAGUGAAGAUACAACAUAACAGCAGCGUGCAUUGCAUCAUAUACUUGGACAAUAAGGUGUUCGUGUCACUAGCUAAUGGAGAUAUCACAGUUUAUUCUCGAGAUCACUUGGGUGGUUGGAACACAGCCGAUCCAACAACGGUAGCAGUAGGCACAGUGGCGUCUCCAAUCACGAAGAUGCUUCCAGUGUCUGGGAAACUUUGGUGCGGCUGUCACAAUACCGUGAAGGUCCUAAACACCCACACAUUGGAUAUCGAGCACACAUUCGCCGUUAGCAACGACACUUCUUUGUCCAUCUCCUGCAUGGCGAGCUCCGGUGGUCUCGGGGUUUGGAUUUCUUUGCACAACAGCGCCGUGCUACGACUGUUUCAUUCCGGUAGCUACGAGUGCCUGACGGACAUCAAUAUAGCCCCAGCUGUCACCAAAAUGCUCACCAGUUGCGAUGACAUAAUACGACAGCACAAGGCCGCCUGUCUCAGGGUCACCGCACUUUUGGCUUGCAACGAGUUGCUUUGGAUCGGCACGAGCGCCGGCGUACUAUUGACCGUGCCAAUUCCCCAUAUAAAGCCAUCCACUCAGAGGAUGUCUCAACCGCCGAUCGUGACUGGUAUUCCCCAUGGACAUACCGGACAUGUACGUUUCCUGACAUGCGUAGAAACGUCGACCCCUCCAAAGCCGGAUCCACGUCCGAAGGUGGACCGAUAUUCUCUGAAAUCCAACAAGAACCAACAGAACAACAUAAAUCGCGGGAAGCUUCUCGUGAUAUCAGGUGGAGACGGCUACGAGGACUUCAGAGGACCUCAGGCAUCUGCCGAGCUGCAGGCUGGUCGAGAGGAUUCGACCAAUCAUCUCCUGCUGUGGAAAGUGUGAUGUGAUCUAGUACGGCCCUCGGUAAGGGUCGCAGUUCACGAACGUCGGCAUGACACGCCGUGGGAAUCGUUGUUACGUGUGCGAGCCACACGUGGUCGGGUCCGCCAUCGUCCGAUCGUGGCUGUUCAGGACGUAUUCGCCCGACAAUUUUUCAGAGAACGCGGGAAAGUUCUCUGGCUGGUCUUGGCCGAGUGGAUCAAGAGCAGGAUAAAGGAGGUUCGUUAUUUUCAAGGUGCCAAGAAAUUCGGGUUGCCCGGCGUCUGGAAACUCGAGUAAGAUAUUUUCCACGGGUUAAACUUUAACGUUGAUCGAGAACAGACCUCAGGUCGGAGUGAUUCGUUGGAUCGUUUUUAGACGGUACCGCGAAACGGCUAACUGAAAUCAAACGAAAACCGGAACAAUCCUAUAAAACAUUACCAAGUAACGAAAUUUGAUCAAUGACUGUCGAUCGUUCGUAAUCGUUUGACAUCAGUGAGUCGUUUCUAUGUGCAGAUUUGUAUUUUUCCACCGGGUUUGACGAUAGUUUCGUUGGAUCGACAUUUGCUGUCGAUGCGCACUCGAUUUGAAGGUACUUGUCCAUCCUAUCACGAACACCCAAGUCUCGUUGGCUUGAACGUUCAACCGAAUACUACCGUGGUAGUUUGACACAGGUGUUUUCGAAGCCAGUGAUGGUUCAAGGAAGAGAAAAUUCGAUCUACGAUGUGCGUACUCGUUCGAGGAGCGUUAAUCAGGGAGACGUGAUGAAGUACGAUACCUGGAAGAGCGUUGAAUCGAGCUUAUUAUACAACUGAUACUGGCCUAAGCUAAUGUAGACGCUAAAUAGAGACUUAAUCCAGUUAGUGUGCCAAAAAACGAAUUUAUCAUUGUCCAUCGAUCGACGCUGCGCAAGAACUGACGUACUCUUCGUUAUUCCUUUUUAGCGACAAACGCAGAGCUGAAUGUGUUCGUGUUAAAAUGAAAUGGAAUUCAUUCGAAUUCAAAUCGUGGGUACGGAUUAUAAAUUAUGAUUCAUCUGACACGAACAAAGGAAAUUUGUUUAUCGACGCGUUGUUAUAGCUGAUAACGGAAUAUUGUAGUUUAUUCGCCGCCCCUUAGGAAGAGAAAGGGUGAGAGGAGGUGUGAUUGCAAAAAUUUAACUUGUAUGGGAGAACCAGUGACGGUGUAUUUCGUGGUUGUUGUUCAAUCUGUCGUUUUUUGCGAGAAAACUGUUAUUAUAAGUAAAAGAAAUCGACGAGAGAUUAAUGGAGGUCGUGAACAAAAAAAAAUUGUUAUUCGAACGAGGAUAAUUCUUUAAAGCUUCGUCGCGAUAAUUACCUCGAUGAAAUCGUUCUAUUGUUUCGAGCUGCAUUGAUGGUACAAAAUUCGAGAGGCCAAGUAUAGUUUUCCCUGGUCCUCCGGGGUACUUUUGUAUAAGUCUCUUUAUACCUUCCGCGCAUUUUAUUCGCUUAAAUCUUAAGCGAUUCUACUUUUUUACAAACUUCUACUUGCGGAGAGUAUCGACCAUGUAAUUAACAUACAGCGUAUUUGACAAUAAUUAAUUAAUAUCGUUAAUAUUGUUCGAGUAAUCCUAUACGAGACCAAGUAUCGUCAUACCAGAUGAUGUCAACUGAUGUACCCAGUCGUUUUAAUUCCAGAAUGAUUUUCGUUCGUAGCGCACGUUUACGCUUAUUGCGUUUCACGGUGAAAAGAUAGCCAAGGAAUCGUUUAAGAAGAAUAAUCUCGUGAAAUAAAUUGUUGCCAAAUAUCAUCGAUAUCCGACAAAUCAACACUAUCAGCUUUCGAUUGCAACCAGCUCAAACUGACGAACGUGUAUUAACCAACUUGCUCUACGAACAGUAAUAGGGAAACUUUUUUGUGUGUGCGUACACCUCCAUUAUAAAUGCUCACAAACAUUGCUCAUGGAUUAGAAAAAUGAGUUUGAAACAUAUAAGGCCACUUCAUACAUUUAAGUACAUUAAAAAAAAUCUGUGAGACCCAAGAAAGAAACGAAUAUCAUACAUUCACCAGAAAAUCUCAUAUUUAUACAAUUUUCCAUUUUCGUUCCUAUUAUUUUUCUUACCCUGCUACGAAUAAUGAAACAAUCAUCUUCGAAAAAGCAAGUUUUCUGUUAUCCAAAACUACUUUGUUCUUUUAACCCAACAGUCUCAUGAAGAUUCUGCUGUACAUUCAAUAUUCGUGGAUGUGUUAAUCGAUCUUCGCAAGCCUACCGCUCGAGGAACGUGCGAUUUACCGCUAUCAAGACUCCUAGCCGUUGUACUGGACUUAUAUUACAUUAAUCGGUGUGAUUUCUGUUAUCCUACGAGACGCGCACCUUAGCGCGCACAGUUGACUUCACGAUUGCCUGAAAAUAGAAUCAAGACAACCCGCGAACAAACAGUUGUAUGCGACGACGUACUCUGCCUUCGAGAUUUGUCUUUCACAAAUAAAUGUCAGUUUACUCGUAACACGUGUAAUCAUAUCGUUAUUACGUUGUACGGCGCGUGUGCGAAGGAGAGAUCGAAUCGUAUGAGUUGUACUGAAUGGGAGUUAUAAAUAUUGCCCUCGAAUGAUAUUCGGUAUAUGAAGAAAGUCUCUUUACCUAUGAAGUGUGCUUUAACGAAUAAAAAUAUCAUAAACUCUUUAAUUAAAUCUACGCUUGUGAGUUGAAAAAUAGAAUUAAAAAUGCAGGUAGCCAGUACAAGCAUUAUUAUCUAUUACUCCGAAUAAUACUGUUUGUACUGAUCGAUCUAAUUAGAAUACUAGAUACUAAUGCUCACGGCAAAGUUCCUGCAUUUUUAAUAAUAACAUGAUACGAAAUCUUCGCCGUUGAUGAUAUAAUCUUUUCCAAAAACUGUGCUCGUUGAACUUCAGUUUCAUUCAAGGACAAUCUCUCCAGCUCCCUGAGUAUAGUAUUGUGCGUUGCGUGCCGGAAAGACGCACAAUCGAAAGAGAUCCGGCGAAUUAAGCGAAAUUUCACUUUGGUUGUCUCUGUGUUUACCUAGCGAAUAGGAACUUGAAACCCUCGUCCCGGGGCCCGUGAUUAUUCCGUCGACGAACGGUCGGGAAACGAACGUGGAUAAAAAAAAAAAAUACUAUUAUUUAUUUGUAGCUACAUAAGGUAUGUGAAAGUACGUCACCUGUAUCGCGAUUGAUACUGUACGAAUGCAUCUGUGGUAUUUCUAGUGUGCAAUAAAAGGUGUCAUGUAUUCAGCAACGAUCGCGUCCGUAAGUUAUUAUUAAUGUCAUAAGUGUCUAGAGGCAAGUUACGUAACAGCGUAAAAAAAAAUAUAUUUGUAUUAUAUGUA